AACUCUAUCUUUCAGUCGGCGUUAGAAGAUCAAAGUGCGUAAUUUUUCACAGAAAACGCGAAUUUCAAUAGAAAAAUAAAAUAAAAGAGUGGAAAGCCCAUUGUUUUCGAAGUUUUGGUCAUUUUAAUGACUUGAUUUCUAGAAAUGUUAAUGGCUUAGUAGUUUUUAAAACAUCGAGCACAUUUAAAUUACAAAAAAAUGUCUGCCCUAUCAGAGUUAUCAAGUUGUGCUUCUUCGGGCAGCUGCAGUUCUCCAGGCACACUGUCUUCAUCUUUGUCGUCAUGCUCGCCCAGUCGUAAUGUUUUUACUGCGGAGGAACUUCUCGAAAAGGCAGCGUCAUUGCCAGCCAUACUGGAGAAUGGACGUAAAGUAUUCGGACCGCCAUUAGGUUUUGUCGGUCCGCGUCCUUCUUACCUAUGCGAGCUAUACGUAGCGAAUUUACCCAAGUCACUGGACGAAGUGCGCUUCCUAGCCUGGCUCUAUCGUUGCGGUGAGUUGUAUGAAGUGCGUUUGAUGAUGGAAUCAUUUAGUAUGUCCCGUGGCUAUGCAUUUGUACGUUACACCCAGGAGCAUGAAUCGUUAGCCGCAUACGAAUUAUUGAAAUUUGUAUAUGUUGACGGUGAACGACUUAGUGUCUAUCGCUCUCAAGGUAAAAAUCGCCUCUACGUAAGCAAUAUUCCGAAACACUUGCCAUUGCCAUCACUGGAAGCUGGCUUCAAAAACACAUUCCGUGACAUGGAACGUUGCACAGCACAUGCGUCAUCAGCUGCUGAUUCCAUAAGGGGUGAGCUAAAUCGUGGAUUUGCGUUUAUUGAGUUUUAUGAUCACGAAACGGCGCUUCAGGCAAAAAAGCGUACAACGCCAGGACGCAUGCGUAUGUGGGGAUACGACUUGAAAGUACAGUGGGCGAAACCGAAAUCGUUGGAGCUAAAUUCUAGCAGCAGUGAGGAACAGAAGAAAAGGCGUUCAAUGGGACAGCUGGUGAGUGGACAAAAUGAUUACUGUGCCAAAUUACGCCUGUUCUGUUUGGCUAAUAACUGGUGCAUACCGUUGGUGGUUUAUGGGCGUUGCUUGCGCGAAAAAGGCAUUCAGUAUGGCGGCAUAUUACUGAAAGAUGCGAUGAGUGGCGAGUUCAGUUGCAUUUUAAUGGAGGUGGCGGUAGAGCGCGAAAUUCAAGACGUUCACGUUGCAAUGUGCGAAGUUGCAAUGCAACUGAUUGAAGAAAAUGCUGGGUUUCCGAAAAACCACUAUGUCGUUCGAUUGUUAAGUGGAUUUCGAGCAGCAAUAGUGUAUAGCUGCUGCAACAAUACGAAUCUUUCGGCUCAUUUAGCGCGUUGUGCUGCACACUUUGAUAGUUUGGCUUCUAUAGCCGAGUUAGCAGCCGCCUUGCAAGUAUUGGCUCAGUACUCGACAGAAUUAAUUUUGAAUAUUUAUAAAAGAAGUUUCCUGGUGUUGCAAAGCUGCAUAUCACUUAAACGGGAUGGCAGUAUAGCGAAUUUUUACGGCAUUUUUCCGAAAUUUCGCAACAAUCCGCCACUUAACCACGGUUUCAACGACAUCGAAAUAACGCUUAUUGUUUCCAAUGUUACGUUUGAAAGCGAUCAUCAUGCGUGCCCUGCCGAAGGCACAGAUAUGCAACAGUACACCGGGAGAAAACAGCACUGCCUGUUGCUGAAAUCACAACGUGUACGAAAUGCUGACGGUUACACUUUGCGCUACGUGGAUUUGGAUCAGUUAGAAAAUCGUGAAUUUUACCAUCUCGAACAGCGAAUCAAUGUUUCGCCAAUUUGGAUUGCAGGCCAAUCAUAUCAAAAAACGAUUUUCAAGUAGAUAUUUUUUCAGCUUUCAAUUAUUGUAUUUAUUUGUAUUGAAAGUGAAGUUAAUUUUUUACUUAAAGCGCGUGAACAAUUUAUUUAUAAUAUGAAUUAUGUAUUAAAUUUUAUUAUUUAACGAUUACGUCUCGCAAAGCCGCAUAUGAAAUGUGUGGGUAAUACAAAUGCAAAUGCCAAUUAUGUUUGAAUGUCAUAAUUAUGUAAAAGUUUCAGCUUCCACAAAAUUUUAAUAAAUCAUAAGUGCUAAAUGUUUGAAUAAAACGAUUUCUUUUGAAUAUAACAA